UGUCUUCCUUUCUCAUGCCUGGAACUUGACACUGUUAAUGGAGCGCCUAGUGUGCAGAGUAGCUACGCCGAUGUAAACUCUCCUGCUGACUGAUGAUACUGAACCUUCGGCCGUUUGAGCUAAGAAGCUGCUGCCAGUUGUUGUACGGUGCCCCCAACCUUCUGAAAUCCACUGGUCGCAGUUGUUAACGUACGGUGCUUUGGUCCAUGAGCAUGGCGGACCGGGAGGAGCGCCGCUUCGCCGAGGUUUCCCGGGAGUCUGUCAAACUCAUGGCCGAGAGUGCAGGCGUGGACCUCGGCGACGAUGUGGCCGCGCUGCUGGCGGAGGACGUGUGUUACCGGCUCAGGGAGGCAACGCAGAGCAGCUCUCAGUUUAUGAGACACGCCAAGAGGAGGAAGCUGAUGGUGGAGGACUUCAACAGAGCUCUGCGCUGGAGCAACGUGGAGGCCGUCUGUGGCUAUGGGGCCCAGGAUGCGCUGCCUUUCCGUUCAGUGAAAGAAGGAGAGCUUUUCUUCGUCGAGGACCGGGACAUCAACCUGGUGGAGUUGGCUCUGGCCACCAACAUUCCCAAGGGCUGUGCUGAGACCAUGGUGCGAGUGAAUGUGUCCUACCUGGAUGGGAAAGGCAACCUGGAGCCUCAGGGGACAGUUCCCACAGCAGUGCAGUCUCUGUCAGACGACCUGUUGAAGUACUACCAGCAGAUCACACGGGCCAUCCUAGGAGAGGACCCCCACCUCAUGAAGGUGGCUCUGCUGGACCUCCAGUCCAACUCCAAGAUCGCCGCACUCCUGCCAUACUUUGUUUAUGUUAUCAGUGGGGUGAAGUCAGUGAGCCAUGAUCUGGAGCAGCUCAACCGGCUUCUCCACAUGGUGAAGAGCCUGGUCCAGAACCCCUACCUGUACCUGGGCUCGUAUGUGCGCAGCCUGGUCUCCAGCGUCAUGUACUGCAUCCUGGAGCCGCUGGCCGCCUCCAUCAACCCGCUCAAUGACCACUGGACCCUCAGAGACUACGCAGCACUGCUCCUCAGCCACAUCUUCUGGACUCAUGGUGAUCUGGUGAGUGGUCUCUACCAUCAGAUCCUGCUGUCGCUCCAGAAGGUUCUGUCUGACCCAGUGAGACCGCUUUGCUCCCACUAUGGAGCCGUGGUGGGGCUUCAUGCUCUGGGAUGGAAGGCUGUGGAGAGGGUGCUCUUUCCACACCUUCCUGCCUACUGGGCCAACCUCCAGGCUGUGUUGGAUGACUACUCUGUGUCCAAUGCCCAGGUCAAAGCAGAUGGACAUAAGGUGUAUGGAGCCAUCCUGGUGGCAGUGGAGCGCCUGCUGAAGAUGAAGGCUCUGUCUCUGUCUCAGCCGGCAGAGGGAGGCUCCAGUGGUCAGCCGGGCUCUGUGGCGGGCACUAUGGGCUACAGGGUGAGCUCCCCCGGCCUGAGCCCCCCUCCAGAGCCCCUGUCAGAGGCUGCCCUGGGAAUCGCCAGCCACCUUCAGGCGGGCGGGGCUGGCUGUCCCUGGGAGGAGUGGACCCCUGUCCCUCUGCCCGCCAUGUACUGCGAGCUCUAUUCUUUCUUCGGAGACAGCCUGGCCGUCAGGUUCAGUACAGGUCCCGGCUUUGGCAGCUACCCCCCCUGCACCCCGUCCCAGCUCGGGGAUGCCAGGAAGGAACCCCCUGGCCUCGCCUCCAACCCUGAUACCACCCGAAAGAUGCCACAGCUGACUGCCAACCUCAACAUCAGCCCCAGGCAGGAUGGGAGUCCCCGCACUGAUCCACCCCCACCCAGCCUGGCAGCUACCGGACCUGGAAGGUCCUUGGCUCGCUCCUCCUCCUCCUCUUCCUCCUCCUCUGUGCAGCGCUCCAGAUCUUCCUCAUCGCGUUCAGGCCAGCGUUCGGCUGGUCUGUCUCGCGACGUUUUCCCCAAAGCCCGCUUCACCUCCCCUCAGACUGGAAUCCCGGUGUUCGCCUUUCUCAUCGGCGGGCGGCAGAUGGGUCGCCGUUGCCAAGGCCGCCGCCCCUUCCAGACCACCUUCGCCCCAACUCCACCUCUUCCUGCCAUCCCGCCACGUGCCUACGCUCACAAACUGCCUGUCAUCGGCAGGGUGGGCAAACCUGUACGCCGCUGGGCGUGUUCCCAUUACUCCCUACAUCUGCCGCUCUAGGGAGGAGCUUCAGACUGUAGAGCUACAGACCCAUGUUCACAUUUUCAGCUUUUAUGAUAUUUCAUAGUUCAAGUUGCAAGGAUUCAGAUUUCUUAUCAAGGUGGAGAACAAUAUUUGGACUGUAGACACUGAGACAACACAAGUCUUUAUGGUCAAUUCCAACUGAUUUAAAGCUGCUAUACGUAGUAUUUGAAAAUGUCUGACUUUGGCACCCUCCAGUGGUGGUAUCAAAGAAGACAGUGGUGGACAGCAAAGUCCAGCACCACUCCACCUACGUACACAACCCACUGAAACUGCCCCAGUUUUCACUAGGAGUGAUUAAUUUUUCUACAAACAAACUUUUUACUACAUAAAAACUCAGCAUAUAUGAGCUUUAAUAUGAAGUGAUGCUGGCAUGGACCACAACAAUAAAAUCAGGGUACAUGUAGUUUUUUUCAUAUUUUGGCUUUUGAGCCAGGAGGCAAGUCAAUCAAGAAAACAUUUUUCACUUUGACAUCAGAUAGGGCAGCAUAAUAAAUAGAUAACUAAAUAAAUAUAAUGCAAGCAAAAUAAACACAUUUGCAAAUGUGAUAAUGGCGUACAGACAUGCACUGUGUGAACAGCAUGUUUGCGGAGAGACGUUGGUACUAAAAAUGCUAAUGUUAGCUAGUGUCACCAAUAAUGGCAGUUUCCUGUAUGUGUGCAAUGGUGCUGGUGUGCAGCUGGUAUACUCUGCAUUAAAAACAGUGACACGUAAGAGUACUAUUGCAUAUUUAAUUCAGCAAGAAAUGGGGCAGUAGUAUUUGCACAUUGUCACUGAACUUGUGUUUGACUUCAGGUUGUUAGGAUCAUUAUCAAAUUAGCCACAGAAGAGAAACUACAUAAUUAUACAUUUUGAGUAAAAUAUUCCUUUAUUCCUUUAUUCCUUUCUCCAUCCACAGCUAUGAAUGAUGCACAUCAGAAGGGAUUUAGAAGUGGGUAUACCCAAUGCAGACAGACAAUACCCUGCACUACACCACUGCACACGUGUUGUCAAAUUGCUUCUGAAUGAGAAUUAUUAUAUUAUUAUUAACAUUAUUAUUAUGUGUGUUGAAGAUGUUUUCUUGAUUACAUUUAUUUGGCCACUGAAACAAGUUGUGAACACAACACUGACCUAUUGUCACCUUUUUAAGUUGAUAUGGUGAAUCUGUUAGCAUCAUUUGGAGUCAUGUUCAUGUCCACCCAAUGAAUGGAAGUCCAAUAUUCACACUGUUGUUGUUGUUUUAGUCUCCUCCAACUCUUUAUCUGCUGAAUGCUCCACUGUGGCCCCUUUUCCACCAAAUUAGUUCUGGUUCUUGACCCAGUUCUGUUUAAGAUUCUUAGAACCAUGGUGCCAUCUAGCAGCCAGUCUGCAUUUCCACCAGUUUUGAGUGGAACCACAGUAAGCAGAUGCAUUAUCAACAGAGGGCGCUGUACAAUGCACAUAGAACUGCAGAAUAUGACGUGCCAGCUUUUCAGGCUCUGAACCAAUUUGCUUUUGGUGAAAUGCUCUGAACAGCUCAAAACUAGGUUCUUGAACCGGAAUGCAGUCGAUUCCCUGUUGGUGGAAAAAGGCCUGUGUGUUCAUCAGAGUGUCAGUAACAGGAUCCCACACACAAGAGAGACUAGAAAUUAUGGAGUAUGGAGUGAUGGGUAGAGUGGUUAUUCCUCCCUGACUGAAUACCUGCUGAGGACAGUUUAUAGGACUGCUGUUUGACAUCUUGAACAUCUGUUGUUUUCAUAGAAUAAAAAUAUCUGUUGUAGUU